AUGGCACCAGUUGAUAUUUCUUUCGAUUGGCCAAAGAGUAUCGAAGACAUCCCAGUGGUAUUGUUCACCAUCUACCACCAAAUCAAGCUUUUAAUAUUGGUUCAAUACUUUUCCACUAAUGAUAGAGUUUGGGGUUGUAUUUACUUAACAAGAGACGUGUUUUUCAUUCUUUUUGUCUACAAUCUCGUGUUGAAAGUCAUGCAAGCCGUUUGGAGCUACGGAAUCUUCGGAAUUGUGAAAAAAGUCUACCGUGUCGUUUUGACUGGUAUUUCGCAAAGAGUUAUGGAAUUACCAUUUAUCAAGAGCAAAGUUGACAAGGGAUUACAAGAAAGCAUUGCGCAAAUUGAAAAGCUGGUGAUUCAAAAUGACGACAGUUUGAAGCAAUUUUCAGAAUUGCCCAACAAAGGGUUAUCUAAUACAGCGGUUAAUGAUGAGUUGGUAAAGUUACAAGACUUGAAACAUACUGAUUGGAUUAAUGGUAGAGUCAGUGGUGCUGUGUAUCAUGGUGGAGAUGACUUGUUGAAAUUGCAGCUGGAAGCGUACCACAAGUAUAGCGUGGCUAAUCAAUUACACCCCGACGUGUUCCCUGGAGUACGUAAAAUGGAAGCUGAGGUAGUAGCUAUGGUAUUGGACAUUUUCAAUGCUCCCGAUGGAGCAUGUGGAUGCACUACAUCAGGUGGAACCGAGUCUUUGUUAUUGACUGGAUUGGCAGCACGUGAAUAUGCAAAAAGACACAAGGGUGUAACAGCUCCUGAAGUUAUUGCUCCCAUUACCGUUCAUGCUGGUAUUGAAAAGGCCUGUUAUUAUUUCGGAAUGAAGCUUCAUAAGGUUGACUUGGAUCCAAAAACGUACAAGGUCGAUAUCGGCAAGGUGAAGCGCUUGAUUAAUAAGAAUACAGUGCUCCUUGUUGGUUCGGCACCUAAUUACCCACAUGGUAUUAUUGAUGAUAUCGAAGCAUUGUCAAAACUCGCAGUCAAGUAUGAUAUCCCAUUGCAUGUCGAUGCAUGUCUUGGUUCAUUCAUUGUCACAUUUUUAGAAGCUUCAAAAGUUCAUGGGUCACGCAAGUUGCCUGUAUUUGACUUUAGAUUACCUGGAGUUACUUCAAUUUCAUGCGAUACUCAUAAAUACGGUUUUGCUCCCAAAGGCUCGUCUAUUAUCAUGUACAGAUCACCCAAAAUGCGUGAAUGCCAGUACUACAUCUCCAGUGAUUGGACCGGUGGUAUGUAUGGGUCUCCUACUUUAGCUGGAUCCAGACCUGGUGCAUUAAUGGUUGGAUGCUGGGCUACGUUAGUGCAUAUCGGUAGAGAAGGAUACAGGAAGAACUGUUUUGACAUUGUGAGUGCCACCAUGAAGCUUAGAGAGGCUAUUGAAACCAAUCCUGUUUUGUCCAAGUACUUGGAAGUUAUUGGAGAUCCUUUAGGCUCAGUCAUUGCAUUCAAAGUGAGGUCAAAUCAAGCUAAGAACUUGUCCAUUUACGAAUUGGGCGAUUUAUUGGGUAAAAAGGGAUGGCAUUUUGCCACCUUGCAACAUCCAGCUGCUUUACAUUUUGCUCUUACAAGGUUGACUGUCCCAGUCAUUGAUGAAUUGAUUGGUGACCUUGUGUCGAGCACCGAAAAGGCUGUCGAGUAUGUGAAAGAGCAUGGCCAGACCACGGGAGACACAGCAGCCAUGUACGGUGUUGCUGGGAGUAUUCAUACUGCUGGGUUGGCUGAUAAGUUGAUUGCAGCAUUUUUAGAUUCGAUGUAUAAAACAUAG